AUGUCAAAUGAUAAAGUAAUCGAAACGUUACAAGAAAACGUUCUCAUUAUAAAAUUCAAUAGACCUAAGAAGAAAAAUGCACUGGACAUUGAGAGUUUUGUACAAAUAACGAAAGCACUUGAUAAUGCAGCAAGUGACGAUAAUAUAAAGAUUGUGGUUUUCAAUGGAGCUGAAGAUUUUUAUAGCAGUGGUUUCGAUUUAUCCUCGGAACGUGGGAACAGAUUAUACGUGGCCUUGGAAGGAUUUGUUAAAGCGUUUAUAACAUUCCCAAAGUUACUGGUAGCGAUUGUGAAUGGUCCGGCUAUCGGUAUAGCGGCUACGACAUUGGCAUUAUGCGAUUUGGUUUACGCCUCUGAGAACGCAUAUUUUUACACGCCUUUUACUAAAGUGGGUGCGGCGGCAGAAGGAUGCUCAUCAGUUACAUUUCCGAGAUUAUUGGGUGAAAAAAAGGCAAUGGAAAUGUUAAUUCUGAAUUAUAUAAUGCCGGCUAAAGAAGCUCUUGAAUACGGUUUUAUAAAUAAAGUUUACAAAUCAGAGGAAUUACACAAAAAGUCAUGGGAAACUAUAAGAGAAAUUUUAAAUCUUAACCAAACUUCAGUGUUGUAUUCAAAAAAGGCAGCUGCUUAUCGAGUCUUCGCUCUUAAACUAUCAAACGGAUCGAAGAAGCGCAGAAUACCAGGAUGGAAUGAGCGGGUCAAACAGGCCUAUGCAACAUCGAAAGAGGCUUUUAUCAAUUGGGUUGCCGCAGGUAGACCCUCGACCGGGGUGGUGGCGGAGAAAAGGUCAAGUACUAAGAAAGAUUUCAAAAAGGAAUAUAAAAAAUGCUUGAGAGAUUCCGAGGAAAUCAAGGCCAGCAGGAUAGCACUUAGUCUUCACAAUAAGAACUUUAAUAGCUUCUGGAGACAGACAAAUAAAGCUAUGAAGACAAAAAACAAGACGUUGGCUGUUGAAGUUAACGGAAAAUCGGACGAAAGGGAGAUAGCUAAGGAAUUUGCCAGCCAUUUUGGUUUCACAACUAGUCACCCGGCAGACAAAACACCUAUGUCGCGUAGAAUUAUUUCUAUUUCCGCCGCCGAGGUCGAUAAAAUCAUCCAAUGUGAGAACAGAAAUAAGGCGGCAGGACAUGACGGCCUUGUGGCUGAGCAUUUGAUAUAUUCAGGCCCCUACCUACCGACACUAGGUUAA